CGGCCACGUGUGAAUCAGGAAAGGCUUAAACUGAAGGCCCAUAUAGUCGCUUGCGAGAGUUCACGGAUGAAGAAAGCAAUCUUUGUUUAUUAUUUAAUCGGGUUGUCGACAUUGAGAAUCCAGAGAGGCACACUGUGGAUCAACCUUCUUUUACCAGCAGGUGGAUACCAAGGUAAAAUAAGCAAUUUCAGCAAUAAAAACUCAACGCCUACGGACGAGAAGGCAAAUGCAAAGAAGCAAUCACUGCUAGGCCUGAUUCGGCCGGAGAGUCUUACCGUCACUACUAUUCAAGAACAUGAGGGUGAAGUAACACUGCAUCCCACCAUCGUAGAGCCACGUCCUAUGCGCAAGCGUAGUGAGGCCGUAAGGCGUAAAGAACCUCGCAAGCAACAGAAGCCAAGUGUACCUGUGGAACUCCGCUGUGAUCACUGCAACGAGUGCUUGACAUCCUUCGAUGAAGAGACUAUCUCUCUUUGUCUCAUCGCUGUGGAGACGUUCCUACACCGUGAGCCUGUGAUGGCUGCACCCAUCCUAUUUUCUCUACUGCAUACUGUAACUCGCCUAAUUGACCAUCCCAUCUACCCGUGGCAUGACACGGAAAUGUUCGUGCCAGGAAACUGCCGUAGUGUCGCUAAACAGAUGCUAAGAGUUACUUUGCAUCAGCUGUCUUCAUCUGGCAUAUGCCUCCAAUUAUUUGACACUCCAAUAUCUCGAACCGACUCUUUUUGGAAGGUGGUGUCUCUCUCGUUGGCUGACUUCCAAGAGCUCUCUCCUGUCUACUUCAUUCAACUGCUCUUCGAAGAUCUUGCCGAAAACUGGCUACCUCAGCUCACUACCACCAUGAGGAACUUGGCUGCAUAUGUUGUCGAGGUGCCAUACGACGCUUACAUUAAUCACUGGAGUACAGCUAUCGCCCACAUGGAGACAUUUUUCAGGAGGUACCAUACUCAGAUUUCAGCCGAAGGCGCCGCGAAACCAACACGAUCAGAGCUCGAGAGUGGUAUUAUUGUCAUGAGCCAUGUACUGAAGGUCCAGAACUUCAGUGCAUUCAAGUCCGCAGUCUCACUGGUAGAUUCUUUCUGCAAAUGGCUAGCCGAAGCAUUCCAUGGUUGCCCGGUAAAGUUGGAGAGCCUACUUACUGUUUGUACAGCCUGUAAUCGAGCUUUAAUCAGAGAGAGGGAUAAACAAAGUAUCUCACGUGCGGUGGUUGCAGAAUUGAUCCAGGCAAUCAAAUCUCCAUGUUCUGGCAAAAUUAAAGGUUUCAACUCCUAUGUUUCUGAAUGCAUUUCCAUAAAGCAUUGUCCUAUCAUUGCACUACUCUUAUUGCAGAAAGAGACAAACUCUGAUGCUAUUGGCGGAGAUCUGAAAGUAAAGCUGGCUGAAGCAAUAGCGGUAGAAAUGAGCAGAUCGAAUACUCGCGAUUGUCGAACAGUUAUUCGAUUUAUUCCGUGGCUUAUGAGCCCACCAAGUGUAACCCAAGCAGCUCCGGGAGCAUUUGCUGAUUCUGUGACUAAUGUGCGGGUGCUUUCGUGGCUACUACUCGGAGCUCUUCAUGCAAAUCAUGGAUGUUUGCCGGUUCCAAUAGAGUGUAGCCAACAUAUGGCCGACUACAUCCACUUCGUCCUCGCUGGUUUUGCUGAUCAGUCAAAGCAAUCGGUUGUCCAUAUGUCAGCGCUUUUCCAUGCUUUUCAUCUUUGUCAACUAUGGACUGUCUACUGCGAAAGAGCGGCGGUUUUCAGUUCUACCACAGCAUUCCCACAUCUACUAGACUUCUGGGCAAGAGUCACUCCAGCCAUACUUCAGCUGCUAAGCCAUUCAAAAGUGUUGGCUGACAUGGUAAACCUCCAUUUCCUCAAUACAAUUCAAGCGCUGCAGCAAGUGAACUCCGCUUUGUUAUGUCAACUCUAUCCCAUGUGGGCGCCGAUUCUCACUGCCUACCACAGUCAAAUCCCUAAUCAGUUGAGGAUCAAACUCGACUCAUGCGAGAAUCAGCCCUCGUUGUCGCCACCUCCUCUUUCCGACUGGCUGAAGAAAGUCCGUUACAAGAUCUCUCAAGUGGAAUUGCAAACUUCAGCUGCGUCCCCGUACUAUAACGUGUAG